AGCGCGCGUCUUGGCGCGGCGCACAGGCGCGCUGGGUGGGGGGGCGGCCGCGGAUUCAUGUGGAGGAGCGCUCUGGAGCGGGGGCUGCGGCUGGAGCGCUGAGAUGGCUGCCAAGGUGUUCGAGAGCAUCGGGAAGCUCGGCCUGGGCUUGGCCGUGGCCGGGGGCGUCGUCAACUCCGCUCUCUACAACGUGGACGCAGGGCACAGGGCUGUGAUCUUCGACCGCUUCCGAGGGGUGCAGGACGUGGUGGUGGGCGAGGGCACCCACUUUUUGAUCCCCUGGGUGCAGAAACCCAUCAUCUUCGACUGCCGCUCGCGGCCCCGCAACGUCCCCGUCAUCACCGGCAGCAAAGACCUGCAGAACGUGAACAUCACGCUGCGGAUCCUGUUCCGGCCCGUGACGGCGCAGCUGCCGCGCAUCUUCACCAGCAUCGGCGAGGACUACGACGAGCGCGUGCUGCCCUCCAUCACCACCGAGAUCCUCAAGUCCGUGGUGGCGCGCUUUGACGCCGGCGAGCUGAUCACGCAGCGGGAGCUGGUGUCGCGGCAGGUCAGCGAGGACCUCACGGAGCGCGCGGCCACCUUCGGGCUCAUCCUGGACGACGUGUCCCUGACCCACCUGACCUUUGGCAAGGAGUUCACGGAGGCCGUGGAGAUGAAGCAGGUGGCGCAGCAGGAGGCCGAGCGGGCCCGCUUCAUCGUGGAGAAGGCCGAGCAGCAGAAGAAGGCCGCUGUGAUCUCGGCAGAGGGCGACUCCAAGGCCGCGGAGCUGAUUGCCAACUCGCUGGCCACGGCGGGGGACGGGCUGAUCGAGCUGCGCAAGCUGGAGGCGGCCGAGGACAUCGCGUACCAGCUCUCGCGCUCCCGCAACAUCACCUACCUGCCCUCGGGUCAGUCCGUGCUGCUGCAGCUGCCCCAGUGAGCCAGGGAAACACCUAAAAAAAAAAAAUACAGGGGGGAAAAAAAAGAAAAAUCAGUGCAAUUUCCUCGCGGAGGAAACGGAAAUUUGGAAAUUGGAGGGGUUUUUUUGGGUGGUUUUUGGUUUUUUUUUUUUGGUGGGUAAUCAAAUAAAAGUGAACGCUCGCGA